AUGCUCUGUUAUCUCGCCUUCUACUACUGCAACGCCACCGCGCUGGCGACAUCACUCGUCAUCUCCCCCAUCCUCAUCAUCCUGCCUAGGAAAAGCACAUCCUGGACAGUGGUGUUGCGGGCGGUGAUGGCGCUCGACCUACUUGGCCUCAUGGGGGCCUACGGCGCUGGGAGUAGCCGGGAUACAUUCACCACCGUCUACUCGGGGGUGGCCUUCUCCUUUCUGGUAUAUGUCAUCCUCGCUGUCUUCUUCUCCUACCUCUGGCUUAUGGCCAGGAACAGGGUCAGCAACAAUGGUGAUGAUAAUUCACACUCCGACCCCAUUCCCUUCAAUGGUUACAAUAAUGAAAUCAUCUCUGACCUCACUCCCAUCCUCACCAAUGAUGAUGGUAAUGAAAUCCAAUCCGACUCCAACCGCAUACCCCCCAUUGGUUUUGAUAAUGAAAUCAACUCUGACCCCACCUCCAUCCCCAUCCUCACCAAUGGGGUUGAGAAUCAAAUCCAAUCCGACUCCAUCCACAUCCCCACCAAUGGUGUUGAGAAUGAAAUCCAAUCCAACUCCAUCCGCAUCCCUGCCAAUGGUAAUGGUAGUGAGGCCCAAUCCAACUCACUAUCCAGGAAGCAUGGCAAAGAGAAGAUCGACUUGUUGAUGCUACUCGCAACCUUCGUGGUCACCAUCACAUACGUGGCCGGGCUUAGCCCGCCUGGUGGGUUCUGGAGUAGCACCCAGGAUGGCCACCGUCCGAGUGAUCCAGUGUUACAAGCACGUGGGAGGUUCCGUGCUUUCUUCAUUUGCAACACCACCUCGUUUGUUGCAUCCCUGCUCAUCAUCGUGUUGCUCCUGGAGAAGAAGCUGAGCAAGACCAUCUCGGUGCGGUUCGUGGAACUCUAUGGGUUGAUCGUCGUCGCUCUACUAGGCCUCAUGGGGGCAUAUGCUGCUGGGAGCUGCAGGGAGGCUGACAACACCAUCUUUGUCCUUACCCUCACCAUUGCAGUUCCUGUCUGCGUAUGCCUCCAGCUGUUGAUUACUUACACCAUUGGUUGGGAACGAUGUGCCAAUGUGCAUAGUUCUGUCUUAGCAUGGUUCAAGAAGCAUGUCAGCAUUCCUCGAGGCACCAGCAGACGCAGGGACAUCCUACACGAAGAAAACACUCGCUAUCUUGUUAUGCUCCUUGCUACUCUUGUUGUGACCAUUACCUACCAAGCUGGACUUGAUCCACCAGGCGGCCUCUGGGAAGACGAUCAUGAUGGGCAUAAGAUAGGCCAUCCAGUGCUCCAACUGACACAUCCAACUCGUUAUAGAGUGUUCUUCUACAGUAAUUCAGCAACUUUCGUCACAUCCUUGGUCGUCAUCAUGAUGCUCCAGAGCAGGUUUUUGCUCAAGCGACACACACUUGAAGCAGCUCUGGUGCUGGACCUUUUUGGCCUCAUCACUGCCUAUGGCGCUGGGAGCACCAGGGAUGUAAAGACAUCCAUCUACAUUGUUGCCUUGGCGGGGCUUGUCCUCGUCUACGUCAUCGUCCAUAUCACCAUAAGAGACCAUGAUCCUGAGCCGGCAGAUGAUGCCGCAGUGAAAGAUUUGGAUAGCAAGCGCAAGUUGCUACUUCUGGCUGCCAUCUUGGCUGCUACUCUCACGUACCAGGCAGGUCUCACCCCGCCUGGUGGCUUCUGGUCAUCAGAUGAUGAGGGGCUCGGACGUCGUUCGGGCUUCCCGGUACUCCUCGACAAUUACCCUCGCCGUUACGAACCAUUCUCCUACUGCAACUCAUUGAGCUUCAUGGCAUCCGUAACCCUAAUCCUUCUUCUCGUAAAUCCGAAUCUAUAUAGGCCAGGCAUACGUUGUUAUGCGCUCUAUGUGUGCAUGGUUGGCAUGUUUGGCCUUAUGGGUGCCUAUGCUGCUGGAAGCUGGCGCCAUCUCAAGACCUCCCUCUAUGUAUUAACCUUGGUUGGUGCAGUGUUAGCCUUCAUAGCCUCACAGGUAGCAAUUUUCUGGAUCAUCCGUCAUAACCAAGCUGGCUCACCACAAGCUGAUCUACCAGAUAGGCAACUCGGACAAGGUGAAGAUGGAGAAGCAGAUGAUAACAGCAACAAAGAGAAAUAUAUGCUUGAAUACUUGAUGUUGCUAGGAAUCCUGGCUGCAAGUAUGACAUACCAGACUGGUUUAAAACCACCAGGCGGCCUGUGGCAAGACAACGACAAUGGACACUCUGCUGGCAACCCCAUCCUCCACGACAUUAACAAGCACCGGUACCAUGCUUUCUUUUACAGCAACUCCACUUCCUUCAUGGCCUCGAUCGUGGUAGUCGUCAUGCUGCUUCCAUUGACGACAUUUCACAAUCACAAUCUGCCACUAUGGCCGAUGCAUACGGCCAUUCUACUGGAUAUGUUUAGCCUCCUUGUGGCCUAUGCAGCAGGCAGUAAUAGAAAGUGGGAAACCUCCAGAAACGUCAUCCUUCUCAUCAUCCCAGUGCUGGCCUACAUUGCAGUCUAUGCAACAAUGUCAGUCUUCUACCAUAGGAAAGACCAAAGUGCUAGCCAUGAGAAUACCAAUUCCGACGCCAGUGAUACAGUGAACGACACCACAACAGUGAUACAGGGAACAUCGUAA